AUGCGCUUGAGUUUAAUAGUUUUACUAUGCUUCGCUAUUGCUCUGGCCACUUCAGCAACGACACGUCGUCGUCCAACUAAAACACCGGCACCAAAGUCGGCUUAUGCUUACUUACGUACUGUUCGUGGAAACAGUUCGUGUACUAGCGGAUCCUGUCCGUUUUGGGAAAGACACGGACGUUCGUUCGCUGCACUUCGAUGCUACUCUCAACAAUAUCAAGAGUGCACAUGCCUCCAUCGCAUGUGCUUUAGUUCAUGCAUGUUUACACGAGAAGUUUGUAAUCAAGAAAUGGUCUCAUGUUUACGACAAAUCUGUCCACGUUGUAUGCCACCAUCGGCAUCAGCUAUGUGUGCUGUUUAUGAUUCCAUGGCUACACGCGUAGCUGAAGCUCUAUCCAUCUUUGCUUGCUAUCCAUGCUGUGCGGUGUUUCAUACUACGACAGCCAAUACUACAAGUACACCUCCAACAACAACUCCUGUUGUUCCUGAAAGUUCAACAACAGAUCCUUUUGCAUUUACAGACGACAGUCUUGGUCCGUCAAAUUCAGAAAUUCCAGAAGUGACAGAUGAUUACUAUACUGGUAUCAUAAAUAUCAAUCCAACAAACGCUGUCCCAAUUAACAAUCAAAAUACUGGAUCUUUCCCGACAAAUAAUGGAAACAAUGGAAUCUAUACCAAUGGAAACGGUAACAUCUACCCAAACACAAACACUAACAGUAUUCCUAACACACCCGUCAAUACGAAUACUAAUGCUAAUGGAAACGGCAUUCCUAACACGAACACAAAUACUUUUACUAAUACCAAUGGAAAUGGUAUUCCCAACUCGAAUACAAACACUUUUACUAAUACCAAUGGAAACGGUAUUCCCAACUCGAACACAAAUACUUUUACUAAUACCAAUGGAAAUGGUAUUCCCAACUCGAAUACAAACACUUUUACUAAUACCAAUGGAAACGGUAUUCCCAACUCGAACACAAAUACUUUUACUAAUACCAAUGGAAAUGGUAUUCCUAACACGAAUACAAACGGCAAUACCUUUACUAAUGGAAACACAAAUGGCAACAUCUAUACCAAUGGAAAUCUAAACGGUAACGGUAAUCCCAAUGGAAAUCCCAACAUUAAUGCUCCUGUAAACACGAAUGCCAAUGAAAACGUUGUUCCCAACACAAACAUUAACACUGUACCAAAUACAAACACAAAUGGAAACCCAAAUACAAAUGGCAAUCCCAACAGCAACGGUAAUGGCAAUACCAAUGCAGGUGGAAAUACAAAUGGUGUUAACAGUGUGAACACUGCGAACGGUAACGGUAAUGGACUUAGUGGAAACUGUGUCGGUACUAAUAACUAUCCUGGCGUAGUCUUUCCUGGUAGUGAUGCAAUAUUCUACAACAAUAACUUUCCUCUUCGAAAUCAACAAACUGUGAAACAACGUAGACGUCAAACUGUUCGUGCAACAAAACGUCGUUCAUCAACAACACGUCGAGCAUCAACUUCAACUCGUCGAACGGCUCAAGCAAAUGGUACAGUUCGUGCUAACACUGUCAAAAGCAGUGUUCGUAAACCGGUGCAAGCAGCCAAAAAACCUCAAACAAACAAUCGUGUCAAAAGUUAA